AUGGGGAUCUGCCGUUUUCACACCUAUAUGCGCUAUGUACUCCAUAAGAAGAAACACAAAGCAGACCCCGAGCUCUUCAUCAAGAACCUGCAGUUUGAGAAGGUGCCAGUGAGGGUUUAUGAGCCUCGAGCCCCAUCUGCUGGCCUAAGAAAAGGGAUCAUCUUCUUCCACGGAGGCGGUGGGGUAUUUGGAAGUGUUGACACUCACGAUAAUGUGUGCCGGUACAUUGCCAGAGAAAGCGAAGCUGUGGUUGCAUCUGUUGAGUAUCGUUUGGCACCUGAGAAUAAGCCCCCAGCGCAGUACGAGGACUGUCUCACAGCUGCCAUACACUUCAUGAGGAAUUCAGAAGACUACGCAGUGGAUCCGACACGUAUUAUCACAGCUGGGGACAGUGCUGGAGCCUACCUUGCUGCUACCGUUACUCAAACACUCUCAAGUAGGCCAGACCUUCCUAAACUCCGUGCUCAGGUUUUGAUGUGUCCAUUUAUCCAAGCCCUUGACUUCAAUUUACCAUCAUAUCAACAAUACUGUAGGAUUCCAAUAUUGUCCCGAGAAGAAGUUGCUUUCUUUGCUUUGCAGUGGCUGAAAGGGGACACAUCAUUGUUGAAACCUGCUCUAGAGGGUGCCCAUAUUCCUCCAGAAAUAAGAUUGAAGUACAGGAAAUGGCUGAGCCCUGACAACAUCCCGAAGGAAUUUAAGGUUAAGGGCUACAAGCCACAUUUUCCUACUGAGUAUAGAAAAGAUAUCUAUGAGCAAAUUAAACAAGUGUGUGACCCAGUUGCUACCCCACUUAUAGCUGAAGACGCCAUUGUUUGUCAGCUCCCUGAGACUUUCCUUAUGACCUGUGAAUAUGAUGUGCUUAGGGAUGACGGGCUCUUGUACAAGAAACGAUUGGAGGACUGCGGUGUCCCAGUAACUUGGUACCAUGGUGAAAAUGCUUUCCAUGGAAUUAUUAACCUGUUUGAUAGUGGCAUGCUGACAUUUCCAGCUGGAAAAAAGGCACUGGACAAUAUUGUAAGCUUCCUAAGAGGCUUAUGAAAACUCUUUAUUUCUUUGAUUAUUAGCAUCUCAUGGAGCCAAGGGUCUCAGGAGGUCACCUAGUCCCAAUGCCCGCUCGAUGCAGGAUUCUCCACUAGGGCUGUGCGAGGCUUCGGAUCCAGAGAAGCUUUGGACACUUUGGGGUCGAAGUGCUGGCCUCGUUUGGCUUCCCGAAGCUUCGGAGCCUCUUCGGAGAUCCGACCAUAGGGUAU